AUGGCCUCUCGCAUACCCGUCUCGUGGCGCCUGGCCACACGCGCAAUCGCCCGACCAGCGCGUUGCUCGGCCUCGACCUCCGUCCCGAGGGUAACCCUUCGUCAACAAUCGCAACGUCGCCUCUACUCGUCCGAACCGCCGCGCAGCAGCUCCGGCGGAAACAGCAGGAUCAAGUUCUGGCCCUUCUUGGGAAUCUUCGCCCUCGGAACUGCCGGCUACAUCGCGCUGGUGAAUUCCCGCAAGGAGAUGCCUCCAGCAGUUGGUGCCCCGAAGCCCGCCGCAGGGCAGCUCCCCGCGCCCGCCAAGUCCACGCCGACCUUUUCUCCCGACGACGUAACGGUCAUUUUCGUUCUCGGCGGCCCCGGUGCCGGCAAGGGCACGCAGUGCGCCAACCUCGUCUCCAAGCAUGGCUUUACCCACCUCUCGGCCGGCGACCUGCUCCGCGCCGAGCAGGAGCGCCCGGGCUCGCAGUUCGGCGACCUCAUCCGCGAUUACAUCAAGAACGGACUCAUUGUCCCCAUGGAGGUGACGGUUCAGCUGCUUGAGAAUGCCAUGACGGACGCCCUGGCCAAGAGCGGCUCCCGCAAGGGACGGUUCCUCAUCGACGGGUUCCCCCGCAAGAUGGACCAGGCGCACAAGUUCGAGGAGGCGGUCUGCCCGGCCAAGCUGGUCCUCUUUUACGAUUGCCCCGAGGAUGUCAUGGAGAAGCGCCUGCUCGAGCGCGGAAAGACCAGUGGCCGCUCCGACGACAAUGCCGAGAGCAUCCGCAAACGCUUCCGAACCUUUGUCGAGACGAGCAUGCCCGUCGUCGACUACUAUGAGAAGGAGGGCAAAAUCAUCAAGGUGGAUGCCACUGCCACCCCCGACAAGGUUUUUGUCAACACCGAAAAGAGUCUCACAGAGCGGCUUGGCUCCAACUAUUAA